AUGAGCCGUACUCGUGCGAUGCUUCACGCAGCAGAUGUCCCAGCGGCCCCCGGUGGGAAUGGGACCUGCGCUGAGCUGGAGCUGGAGCUGCGGCGUGUCGAGGUCAGGAGCCCCCUCGUGGGUCAGCCCGGAACCACCGUGCUCGUGGCAUGCCACACCUCCUCGGGCCGGGUUUUCGACCCCAUCACCCUGGGCAUGGAGGACGCCGACCGCCUGACCUCCCACUCCGCGCGGUUCACCCUCUUUACCCCUGCCGCCCGGCUCUCCUGCCUGGAGGGGGUGGCCUGCCACGUGACCCUGAUCCCCGUGGCUGGCGCCGCGCAGACCCUCAUCGGCUGGGGCGUGGGCUCCUGCUGGUUCAUGCACUACCAGUUCCUGCAGCUCAGCUCCACCAUGUGGGCCUGCCAGGACGCGCGGGCGGGGGAAUACGUGCUGCAGUGCGACCGGCGCGGCGGCGUGCACCCCACCAUCAUGAUCAUCAUGCUCUCCACCGGCGCCGUCUUCGUGGUGGCCAUCGCGCUGGCCGUGCUGGCCUACGUGCGCGCGGCGCGGCGCACGACGCGCCUGCGCGCGCGGCUGUCGGGCUUGGCGGCCGAGCCGGGGGAGGCCGCGCCCAAACCCGUGCCCAUGUACCAGCUGGAGCUGGGAAGGGAGGGGGGGGCAGUCGGCGUGCCCCCAGGUCACCAGGGGCCCACCGUGGUCGUGAGCAGCGAGGGCUCACUGCUCAUGCUGGCCAAGCCCGAGGCCGUCGGGCCUGCCCAGCCGGUACAAGAGAGUACCGUGGCAAGGGCCCUGCUGUACCAUGGCACACAGAGCCUGGGCGACCUGCGACGCUCCGCCGGCCUGCCGCUGCCCCACCUGAAGGCGGCGCUGCUAGUGCUCAUGCAGCACAACUGCGUGGCCUCCUGGCUGCACGCCGAGCCCCCAAACCUGAGGGGCGAGUCGCGCGUGGAGCAGCUGUAUGAGGCGCUACCCCGGGCCAUGCUGCAUGGCCUGCAUGCCCCCCGCUACCUCAUCCACGUCAAGGACAGCCUGGGCGCCACCGCGGAGGCAGUGGCGCUCAAGCUCCUGCAGCAUGGGCGUCUCAGGCUGGACCAAGUCGUGGCUGCCCUGCAAAGCGAGGAUGCAGCUGCCGCGUCCCAGGGGCAAGGGGAGGAGGCCCAGACAACCCCGCAGCGGCCUGCCUUGGAGAUUCAGGCGGCGCUUUUGCGCCUUGUGCGCAGCAGGCUGGUGGAGCGGGCGCCGGUGUGCCACCUGCCGCCACCCAGGCGCGAGGUACACCCAAAUGCACGGAAGAAGAAGCCCGCCACCAAGCCCGGGAGCGAGGAGGAGGCCGAACAGCUGCGGGCGAGGGCCCAGGAUCAAGCGCACGCCGCCUACCAUGCUGUGCGAUUCAAGAUCCCCACGGACCUGGUGGAGACGGCGGUGCCGGCUCGGGCCCCUGAUGGUGCCUCCCUCGCCCACGAGCCGGCGAGGGGAGGUCUCGGCACGUCUGGCGCACAGGCCGAUGGGUCUGUGGGUGGGAAGCGGACGGCAGGCCACAGCACCCCCCAGCCACUGCCCGGGGUGGAGGAGGCCGCCAACCUGCCUGCGGCAAACAUCCUCUGGCGUGUCAGCCUCGAGGAGUUCAACCUCCGGUUGCGCAACGAGGCCAUCGCCGACCACAUGGGCUCCAGGCACGGCCCCGCCGCGGGGGCCGUGGUGGCCGGCAUGCUCGCCGCGCACGCCGCCCGGCUGCGGGAGGCCGGCGCCCCUGCCGCCGACGGCGAGCGCACCGUGCUCCUGAGCGAGGCCGAGGUCGCGCGCGCGGUGGCGGUCCACGAGCCCGACAUGGCGGGCGCGGGGCCGGCCCCCGACGUCCCCGGCACGCUUUCCAGCCUGGCGGCAGAGUGGGCCUCCCCCGUGGUCGCGGCGGGGGACCCCCCCGCCGGCGCGCGGCAGUACAGCCUGGACAUCGCCGGCGCGCUGGGCGCGCUGCGCCAGGGGCACCUGGAGGUCCUCCUGCACGACCGCUUUGGGCCGGAGGGCCUGCGCAUCUGGCGCCUGCUCCGCGCCUGCCGCCAGCUGGAGCAGAAGCAGGUGGCGGACUUCUGCAUGAUGGACGCCAAGGACGCCAAAGUCAAGCUGCACGCCAUGCUCAAGGCCGGGUGCGCGGAGGGGGGGCUGGACGUGCCACGCACCGCGGACCGCGCGCCCUCUCGCACUUUCUACCUGUGGCGCGCCGACGUGCGCGCCGCCUGCGCGGCCUUCACGAUCGAGCUGUUCCUGGCGGCGGGCAACCUGCACGCCCGCCUGGCACACGAGCUGAGUCAGCGUGCCGAGCUGCUCCGCGUGCUGGACCUGGUGAACGCGGGGCUGGCGGGGCCGGGCGCGCUGGCGGAGCGCGCGUCCGACUUCUCCAGGAUCAAGCGCGUGACGACCCUGCUGGAGGCCGGCCUGCUGGACGUGGGCGCCAGCCUGGCCCUCUUCCUCGGCGACUGA